AUGAGCUCCCUAUUCAGACCCCACAUAAUCACUUCUUUUCAACCAGGUCAUACAAUCACUCCGAUACGAUGCAUCUCGUCCAUAACCAAGUUUGAUACCAGGAAGUUUGUUCAAACUUUACAAGAGAAAGGUGGGUUUGAUUCCAAGCAAGCUGAGGCUGCAGUCACUGUUGUCAACGGUGCCAUCAACGACGGUAUCUACUCCAUCACAAACAACCUAGUCACAAAGGAAACCCUAUCGUCUAUUGCAUAUCAGCAAAAAGUUGAUUUUGCAAAAUUGAAAGGGGAAUUACAAACAAUGGAUAAAUCCGAGUUCACUACCUUGAAAAAGGAACAGGAGAAGUUGAGAACGGAUUUGACAAAUUUAAAGAACCGAUUGAAAGAGGAAAUCACAAAGAAUCAAGCCAGUGUGAGGCUAGAUUUGAACUUGGAAAAGGGCAGAAUCAGAGAAGAAAGUUCGAUUAAUGAAUUAAAAAUCGAGGACACUUUCAGUAGAAUUGACGAAGAAGUAGCAAACAUGCAGCUGCAAAUCAAGUCAGUGAAAACUCAAGUCUUACAGUGGUUAAUGGGUGUUAGUACCGGUACUUUGGCAGUCCUAUUAGCUGUUGGAAGGUUUUUAUAUUAG